AAGAUGACCCCUCCAAGUUAUAUGAUCCCAAGUUCCCCACAGAGUGUUUCUUUCUGACGUUGCACACCCACCACCUGUCCAUCCUACCGGGCUGCCGACGCUACAUCCGCAGGCUGAGAGCCAUCCGCGAGCUCAACAGGUGUACACACACACACACAAACAGCCGCACACAGAAACACACACAAGCGCCAAACGUUAAGAAAAUUGAAAGAAACAGGGAGGGAUAAGCUGAAGUUGUCCAAUAAGAAAGGCUUGUUUUCGUUACCAGUUUCUAAAUGUUUUGCUAUGGUGUGCCAUAUUGAAGAUGACCCUGUUGUGUUUGAUGUGGCAGGACAGUGGAGGAGCUGAAGAAUAGUGAGAGCCAGUGGAAGGACUCUCCGCUGUCCAGCCGACACAGAGAGAUGCUGAAGAGAUGCAAAACCCAACUCAAGGUUCGUUAACACCGUUUCUGUUAUUUUUCCCCUCAGUUUUCAGCCUUAUGGAACUUUACCCACUCUCCCAUCUGCUCGUGUUCUGCUUGUCAAACGUGAUAAAUCUUUGGUAAAUUUGAAGUGUAAAAACAGUAGAAAAAGCAACAUUUCUCCAGUGCGUCAUAGUUUGUUUCCAAAUGUUCUUCCAUUUUGUGUAGUUUCAUACAUGUUUUAUCGUGAAAUUUAGUGUUGCGGACAGGAAAAUUAAACAUUUUAACUCGUCACAACAUGAGUGAAGGACAAUAUUCAGUAGAAACCCGCUAUCUUGUGAUCUUUGGACCUGACAGAAACUGGUACGCUCCAAAGCCUGUGCUGAUGCGGGUCUUCUGGACGAGAACGUGUUACGCAGAUGUCUGCAGUUCUACAGUAUGGUCAUUCAGCUCAUCCUACGCAUGGUGGAUCCUGCCUACCCACAGUAAGUUACUAUGCCACAAUCGGAACUGUUUUAAUGCUGUAAUAUAAGGUUAUAUUAUGAAGUAAAGUAGGCUAUCUGGAGAAACGAAAUGUCGUGAUUGAACUAAGUGAGGGAUGCACCAUUCUUAUUAACCUAAGAAUUCUAAGAUGUUUAUUUUUUAUAUUAGAAUCAUCUUCUCAUCUUUGUUAGUUUGUAUAGUUUUUUUUUCUUUUCUUUUUUGAUUGAUCUGCUUUAAUAUUGCAGAUAGAUUGUGGCUUCCAUCAACGUAAUUGUCUGCAUCAUCCCAAUGUGUAUAUAUACACACACACACACACACACACACAUAUAUAUAUAUAUAUAUAUGUGUGUGUACAGUGGGGAGAACAAGUAUUUGAUACACUGCUGAUUUUGCAGGUUUUCCUACUUACAAAGCAUGUAGAGGUCUGUAAUUCAUUUGCAUUUUAUUGCAUGACAUAAGUAUUUGAUACAUCAGAAAAGUAGAACUUAAUAUUUGGUACAGAAACCUUUGUUUGCAAUUACAGAGAUCAUACGUUUCCUGUAGGUCUUGACCAGGUUGGCACACACUGCAGCAGGGAUUUUGGCCCACUCCUCCAUACAGACCUUCUCCAGAUCCUUCAGGUUUCGGGGCUGUCGCUGGGCAAUAUGGACUUUCAGCUCCCUCCAAAGAUUUUCUAUUGGGUUCAGGUCUGGAGACUGGCUAGGCCACUCGAGGACCUUGAGAUGCUUCUUACGGAGCCACUCCUUAGUUGCCCUGGCGGUGUGUUUCGGGUCGUUGUCAUGCUGGAAGACCCAGCCACGACCCAUCUUCAAUGCUCUUACUGAGGGAAGGAGGUUGUUGGCCAAGAUCUCGCGAUACAUGGCCCCAUCCAUCCUCCCCUCAAUACGGUGCAGUCGUCCUGUCCCCUUUGCAGAAAAGCAUCCCCAAAGAAUGAUGUUUCCACCUCCAUGCUUCACGGUUGGGAUGGUGUUUUUGGGGUUGUACUCAUCCUUCUUCUUCCUCCAAACACGGCGAGUGGAGUUUAGACCAAAAAGCUCUAUUUUUGUCUCAUCAGACCACAUGACCUUCUCCCAUUCCUCCUCUGGAUCAUCCAGAUGGUCAUUGGCAAACUUCAGACGGGCCUGGACAUGCGCUGGCUUGAGCAGGGGGACCUUGCGUGCGCUGCAGGAUUUUAAUCCAUGACGGCGUAGUGUGUUUUACUAAUGGUUUCCUUUGAGACUGUGGUCCCAGCUCUCUUCAGGUCAUUGACCAGGUCCUGCCGUGUAGUUCUGGGCUGAUCCCUCACCUUCCUCAUGAUCAUUGAUGCCCCACGAGGUGAGAUCUUGCAUGGAGCCCCAGACCGAGGGUGAUUGACCGUCAUCUUGAACUUCUUCCAUUUUCUAAUAAUUGCGCCAACAGUUGUUGCCUUCUCACCAAGCUGCUUGCCUAUUGUCCUGUAGCCCAUCCCAGCCUUGUGCAGGUCUACAAUUUUAUCCCUGAUGUCCUUACACAGCUCUCUGGUCUUGGCCAUUGUGGAGAGGUUGGAGUCUGUUUGAUUGAGUGUGUGGCCAGGUGUCUUUUUAUACAGGUAACAAGUUCAAACAGGUGCAGUUAAUACAGGUAAUGAGUGGAGAACAGGAGGGCUUCUUAAAGAAAAACAAACAGGUCUGGUGAGAGCCAGAAUUCUUACUGGUUGGUAGGUGAUCAAAUACUUAUGUCAUGCAAUAAAAUGCAAAUUAAUUACUUAAAAAUCAUACAAUGUGAUUUUCUGGAUUUUUGUUUUAGAUUCCGUCUCUCACAGUUGAAGUGUACCUAUGAUAAAAAUUACAGACCUCUACAUGCUUUGUAACUAGGAAAACCUGCCAAAAUCGGCAGGGUAUCAAAUACUGUUCUCCCCACUGUUAUGUAUGUAUGUAUGUAUGUAUAUAUAUUAUAUAUAUAUAUAUAUAUAUUUGUAUGUAUGUAUGUCUUGUAUGUUAUGAUAAUAUAUGGUAUAUUAUAUAUAUAUAUAUAUUAUAUAUAUUAUCAUAUUAAGAUAUAUAUAUAUGGUAUUAUAUAUAUAUAUUAUGUAUAUAUAUAUAUAUAUAUAUAUAUAUGUAUAUGUAUAUUAUAUAUGUGGAUAUAUAUCUAAUUAUCAUAUGUAUGUAUAUAUUUAUGGUUAUGUAUUAUAUAGUAUCUAUGUAUAUUAUAUAUGUUAGAUAUAUGUAUAUAUAUAUAUAUGUAUUAUAUAUAUAUGUAUGUAUAUAUAUAUAUAUAUGUAUAUAUAUAUUAUAUAUAUAUAUAUAUAUAUAUAUAUAUAUAUAUAUAUAUAUAUAUAUAUAUGUAUAUAUGUGUGUGUGUAUAUAUACUAAUAGUCAAAAGUUGACACACCUACUCAUUCAAGGGUUUUUCUUUAUUUUUUACAAUUUGUUACAUUGUAGAAUAAAAGUGAAGACAUCAAAACUAUGAGAACACAUAUGGAAUCAUGUAGUAACCCAAAAAGUGUUAAACAUAUAAAAAUAUAUUACAGCUUUGCACACUUGGAAUUCUCUCAACCAGCUUCAUGAGGUAGUCACCUGGAAUGCAUUUCAAUUAAAAGGUGUGCCUUCUUAAAAGUUAAUUUGUGGAAUUUGUUUCCUCCUUAAUGCGUUUGAGUCAAUCAGUUGUGUUGUGACAAGGUGGGGGUAUACAGAAGAUAGCCCUAUUUGGUAAAAGACCAAGUCCAUAUUAUGGCAAGAACAGCUCAAAUAAGCAAAGAGAAACGACAGUCCAUCAUUACUUUAAGACAUGAAGGCCAGUCAAUACGGAAAAUGUCAAGAACUUUGAAAGUUUCUUCAAGUGCAGUUGCAAAAACCAUCAAGCGCUAUGAUGAAACUGGCUCUCAUGAGGACCGCCACAGGAAUGGAAGACCCAGAGUUACCUAUGCUGCAGAGGAUAAGUUCAUUAGAGUUACCAGCGUCAGAAAUUGCAGCCCAAAUAAAUGCUUCACAGAGUUGAAGUCACAGACACAUCUCAACAUCAACUGUUCAGAGGGGACUGUGUGAAUCAGGCCUUUGUGGUCGAUUUGCUGCAAAGAAACCACUACUUAAGGACACCAAUAAGAAGAAGAGACCUGCUUGGUCCAAGAAAUACAAGCAAUGGACAUUAGACCGCUGGAAAUGUGUCAUUUGGUCUGGAGUCCAAAUUUGAGAUUUUUGGUUCCAACCGCUGUGUCUUUGUGAGACGCGGUGUGGGUGAACGGAUGAUCUCUGCAUGUGUAGUUCCCACCGUAAAGCGUGGAGGAGGAGGUGUUAUGGUGUAGGGGUGCUUUGUUGGUGACACUGUGAUUUAUUUAGAAUUCAAGGCACACUUAACCAGCAUGGCUACCACAGCAUUCUGCAGCGAUAAGCCAUCCCAUCUGAUUUGGGUUUAGUGGGACUAUCAUUUGUUUUUCAACAGGACAAUGACCAAACACACCUCCAGGCUGUGUAAGAGCUAUUUUACCAAGAAGGAGAGUGAUGGAGUGCUGCAUCAGAUGACCUGGCCUCCACAAUCCCCCGACCUCAACUCAAUUGGGAUGGUUUGGGAUGAGUCGAACCGCAGAGUGAAGGAAAAGCAGCCAACAAGUGCUAAGCAUAUGUGAGAACUACUUCAAGAUGGUUGGAAAAGCAUUCCAGGUGAAGCUGGUUGACAGAAUGCCAAGAGUGUGCAAAGCCGUCAUCAAGGCAAAGGGUGGCUAUUUGAAGAAUCUCAAAUGUAAAAUAUAUUUUGAUUUGUUUAACACUUUUUUGUUUACUACAUGAUUCCAUGUGUUAAUUCAUAGUUUUGAUGUCUUCACUAUUAUUCUACAAACCCUUGAAUGAGUAGGUGUGUUGAGUUGGACAUGAUUUGGAAAGGCACACACCAGUCUAUAUAAUGUCCCACAGUUGACAGUGUAUGUCAGAGCAAAAACCAAGCCAUGAGGUUGAAGGAAUUAUCCGUAGAGCUCCAAGACCGGAUUGUGUUGAGGCACAGAUCUGGGGAAGGGUACCAAAAGAUUUCUGCAGCAUUGAAGGUCCCCAAGAACACAGUGGCCUCCAUCAUUCUUAAAUGGAAGAAGUUUGGAACUCUUCCUAGAGCUGGCCGCCCAACCAAACUGAGAAAUCGGGGGAGAAGGGCCUAGGUCAGGGAGGUGACCAAGAACCGAUGGUUACUCUGACAGAGCUCCAGAGUUCCUCUGUGGAGAUGGGAGAACCUUCCAGAAGGACAACCAUCUCUCCAGCACUCCACCAAUCAGGCCUUUAUGGUAGAGUGGCCAGAAGGAAGCCACUCCUCAGUAAAAGGCCUACAUGACAGCCCUCUUGGAGUUUGUCAAAAGGUACCUGAAGGACUUUCCGACCAUGAGAAACAAGAUUCUCUGGUCUGCUGAAACCAAUAUUGAACUCUUUGGCCUGAAUGCCAAGCGUCACGACUGGAAGACACCUGGCACCAUCCCUACGGUGAAGUAUGGUGGUGGCAGGAUCUUGCUGUGGGGAUGUUUUUCAGCGGCAGGGACUGGGAGACUUAUAGCGUCAUACCCAAGAAGACUCAAGGCUGUAAUCGCUGCCAAAGGUGCUUCAACAAAGUACUGAGUAAAGGGUCUUAAUACUUACGUAAAUGUCAUAUUUCCGUUUUUUAUAUUGUAUAAAUUUGCAACAAUUUCUAAAAACCUGUUUUUGCUUUGUCAUUAUGCUGUAUUGUGUGUAGAUUGAUGAGGGGAAAAAACUAUUUAAUCAAUUUUAGAAUAAGGCUGUAACGUAACAAAAUGUGGAAAAAGUCAAGUGGUCUAAAUACUUUCCGAAUGCACUGUAUGCUUAAAGUACUUUGCUUUCUCUUUCAAAAUAUAUUUUGGUGAAUCAAGACUGACACUUUUUGGUAGCAUUUCUAUGUUGAAGAUUUAAAAAAAAUAAUUUGGUGAAUUUAUCCCCAUAUUCCAUACAGUUCGCUUUUAUUUUUAUAAUAUAUUACACUUGAUCCUUCUUGAAUAAGUUCCUCCAUUUGUUUUUGUUUUUCCUCCAACUUAUUCUGUGCAUCUGGUACAGUUUUUAUUGCUAUCUAUCUGUACUGUUAGAAGGACUAUUUAUUUUGUUAAUAUGAACACUCGUGACCUAAAUUGCUUUUGUUUUAAAGAUGAGUAUUGAAUUGCAUGGCCUCCUAAAGGCACAUUUAAACACAAUAAGGGGAUCUGCUGUACCUAUGUUAUGUCGGAAAAAGUCAGUUAUAAAAUCUUCUGUCCUCGUUAAAAACAAGUUAUCAUCCAAUAGGCUUUGAUUACAUUUCCAAUAUCCUCGCCCACGUGGGAAUUCUCUUAGAAUAAUGUUUGAUGGUCCGACCGCAUUCUGUCCCCUAUCAACACUUUUCUUUACUUUUGGUGGCAGUGAGAAUGACAUAAGAAAGUUGUCAUGACGACUAUCUUGAUUGAGCCUCCGCCAUGUAUAUCUCACUAGGUCAGAAUAUUUAAGCCUCCAUAUAUCCACAAGUUCCAAUAUAUCCAUGAUAUUCGUGAUUUCCUGAAGUGCAUGAGGGUGAUAGUUCGUAGUGUGAUUUUCUUUACGAUCCAUUGAGGUAUUAUAAUCUCCCACCAUAAUAAUAGAGUCUUGUAUUGCUUGUAGGCUUGAUAAAUUAUUAUAUUUUCAAAGAAGCGUGGCUUAUCAUUAUUUUAACCGUAUACAUUAAUGAGCCAAAUCUGUUUAUGGUCCAAAAAUAAUCCAUCUACCUUGCGGAUCUGUUUGGACAAUUUGCACAUUCGGAUCAAAAUGAAAAUUAAUAUCAUCACCCCUUUUGAGUUUCUUUGCCCAUGGGAGAAGUAUAUUUGCCCCCCCCCCCCCCCCCCUUUCCUGUAAACAAUAGAUAUGAUAUUCCUCUUUUAACCAGGUAAAUACUGAUAGUAUUUUCUUAUUAUCUGCUAAGCCAUUACAAUUAUAACUGGCUAUACUUAUUUCACCAUUUACUAUAAUAAGAUACAACUUUGAAUUCUAUAUAUCAUAAUAUAUGUUUGUUAACUUACCAUUAAAAAGUACCAUAAUGAUUGAGUGUCCAUAUAGCUGUACCAUGAUAUUUGCACUGCUACUAAGUAAACCUCCAAUUGUUCUCCACUAUUCCACCCGCUAAAACCUCCCCCCAUCCAAAGUUGAGUUGUCGUCCAAGUGACUGGCAGACCACCCCUGUCCCACUGGAUCCUAGGGCCUUUGAGAGAUUGGGAUCCAUCCUUUAAAAAGAGCACAGUCCCACCCACAGAACAGAAGCAGAUCAACCGCCAAAAGCAUUUCCAACGCCCUCACCUCGAUUAUAUUACAGUUAUUUAAAAAAAUCUAUAUUUUUUGCAUAUCUAAAAAAAAUCCCAGAUUAACGAACAAUAUGCUUAAUAAUGUAGGCAGUUCAUUGGAAGGAUUGUUACCUAUAACCAGGAUUGCCAUUACUAUAUUGUCCCUUUCAUCAUUACCCCAUAGCAACAGAUUUGGGAAACAUUCAUACACACACACUCAUACACACUCCCCACCCUUACCCCACAAACAACCACAAGCUCAAAUGUUCAACAGUUGUUCCAUCCCUGAGCCCAACUCAAGAAAAGACUUGAUCUGCGAAUGCAUAUACAGUUGCAGCUGUUUGAGAAGGUAUGCAAGAAUGGGGAAAUUUUAUUAACCAAUGUCAAGUCCUAGCUGAUGGAGCGCAGAUACACCCCCUUCCCAUGAAACACACACACGCUGGUCCCCUGUUGUGAGAAAUGUCCCAAGCAUCUCUGUGCAGUCAGACCCUUGAUUAUUUUGUGCCACCAGGGCCACAAUAUUGUUUGUAUUGUUUGUGAUGUGUGACUUGCAUUAAGAGGGUCAAAAAUGCUCCCUUAUAUUCCUUCUUUCCCUUUUUGUAGCAUGACUCUACCGUUGAAUCCGGAGAUCCCCAAAAGCUUUGCUGCUUUGCCGGAGUUUUACAUUGAAGAUGUGGCAGAGUUCCUGCUUUUUGUUGUGCAGUAAGUCGACUGAUCGAUGGUCAUAAUUAUUACAUAGUGCAGGGCCAGACAAAUACCACAGACCACCAGAGUGAUCUUGUCAAUUUACCCUGUUUUACAUGAAGCAAAUGUUUCAGUCCAUCUUUUAUAAAUGUAUUGGAGAAUUGUGUACUAAAAUGGUAUCUUCAAAGGGAUGUGAUAUGAGUAGGGCCAGGAGGAUUUCCUAACCAUGUGACCCGACCAGAGAAACGCCUGGCCCUGACAUGCAGCGGACGUUCUCUCUCCUUGUAUUAAUAAAUACAUGAGGGGGACAUCCUCCUCUUCCUCCCUGGACAAGUCUCUGUUAAAGGCCUCCUGUAGCUCAGUUGGUAGAGCAUGGCGCUUGCAACGCCAGGGUUGUGGGUUCGAUUCCCACGGGGGGCCAGUAUGAAAAUGUAUGCACUCACUAACUGUAAGUCGCUCUGGAUAAGAGCGUCUGCUAAAUGACUAAAAUGUAAAUGUUUGACUUUUUCUCAAUUAGUCUCCCCACGUUUCCUCGCAUCCUCUCUCUGCACCUUCUCAAACAGUAUUGCAGGAGAAAUUCAAAGGUCCCUCCACCCAGACCUUCUCCUCCAAUGCGUUAUGAGGAGGUGGUGAGCAGAGAGGAAGCGAGGAAUCAAAGAAAGAUGAAUUGGGUUUAACAACACCCCUCCCAAAUUGCUGGUUACACAUUAUGUAUAAACGAGGGUAUACCUGCAGAACAUUUUUAAAUAAGGGGAUGUUUGAAUGGGGGUCAUAUAGAAAUUACCUUAAAAAAAUAAAAGGUAAAAUAAUGCGUCUUCUGAGAAAUGGCUUUUGACUGACAGUCAGCAUCCAUUUUCUAUCCCCUGCCAGGUAUUCCCCUCAGGUUCUGUAUGAGCCCUGCGUCCAGGAUAUUGUCACCUUCCUGGUGGUGUUCAUCUGCAGUCAGAACUACAUCCGGAACCCCUACCUGAUCGCCAAGCUGGUGGAGGUGCUGUUUGUCACCAACCCGGCCGUGCAGCCGCGCACCCAGCGCUUCUCUGAGAUGAUGGAGAACCACCCCCUGUCCGUCAAACUGUUGGUCCCAGCCCUCAUGAAGUUCUACACUGGUAAGACCACUUGGUGCAGGGGGGUUCAGUUGCUGCGGCAACAUAAACUGUACUGUGCUGGCUUGGAUAUUUUCUUGGUCUUGGUUUCAUCAACUAUAGUGGAUGUGUAGUACAGCUCGGCUUGGCUCGAAAAUGCUAUUAGAGUGAAGUCAAGUGGACUGAUUCUCACAGGCAACUGACUCUUGAGUGUCUCUUCCCUUCCACAGACGUGGAGCACACCGGUGCCACCAGCGAGUUCUACGACAAGUUCACCAUCCGCUACCACAUCAGCACCAUUUUCAAGAGCCUCUGGCAGAACAUGGGCCACCACGGCACUUUCCUGGAAGAGUUCAAGUAAGUGGGCUAGAGUCAAAGCUUAGUAUUUAUCUUAUGACAAUUACUAUUAUGGUGACAGCCUGGUCUAAAUAGGUGGCCACUGUCCGGUCAUGCUGUAUGCUGCGUGUAAAAUGUACUCAGAACUAGUUCAGACUCAUAGUGAAUUUUCUGUGUGGCUUCCACUGGCUUCCAAAGGCCUCCCAGUCAAUCAAUACAUCUGUUUGUUCCCCUGUAGCUCCGGGAAGCAGUUUGUGCGUUACAUCAACAUGCUGAUCAACGACACCACCUUCCUGCUGGACGAGAGCCUGGAGUCCCUGAAGCGCAUCCAUGAGGUCCAGGAGGAGGUUAAAAACAAGGAGCAGUGGGAUCAACUUCCCAGGGUCAGUACGGAAUUCCUGGGGAAAAAAACAAACGUGUUGUGAAGUGCUUAUGAAUGUGUUACGAAGCACCUUUGUAGUGCGUUAAGACUGAAACACUGAGUGUUUCUCUCUUUCUCCCUCAGGAGCAGCAGCAGAGCCGCCAGUCCCAGUUGACCCAGGAUGAGCGGGUGUCGCGCUCCUACCUGGCCCUGGCUACAGAGACGGUCGACAUGUUCCACAUCCUCACCAAGCAGGUCCAGAAGCCCUUCCUCCGGCCCGUGAGUACCACUCUGACCAGGAAAAAAUACACAUUUGAAUCAUGCUCUGUUUCCAGGUUACAAAGGGAGAGAUGGGCGUUAGAACACCCCGUUUACAAAUGUUGUAUUUGACAAAGAUGAGGUUAACAUUACUUUUACUGGCUGUCAACAUAGCCACACACAGCAGCCAACAACAACAAUAGAACAUUCAGAAGAAAAAACUAUGUGCUGGUGCGCUCAAAUGGAUAAAACAUUUUAAGGCCUCUUUGAAAAGGGUAGCCUAUGACUGGCAGAAAAACAAAGGGGAUGAUGGCCACCACUUAGUAAACGGAAAAUGUAGAAAAAUGUAUUGUGCGGUUUACUUUUCCCCAUCAAGGCACUCUUGAAGAAAAGCAGGGAAUAAUUUAUUGAUUUAAAAAGCGUUUAUUGUCUUGGCAUUACGGUAGAAAAAUAAAAAAAACCUGAAAAACAAACGCCAAUGUGUUUCGGCUUGGUAUGUGCCUUCAUCCCUUUUCUUCAAGAGUGCCGUGAUGGGAAAAGUAAGGCGUAACAUUCAUUUUUCUACAUUUUUCGUUUACUAAGUGGUGUUAAUCAUCUCCUUUUUGUUUUUCUCCCAACAAUAGAACAUUGCUGUGCUGCAGCACAAAAUACAUGGGACAGAUGGCACUGUGAAAACAUAUUACUGCAGGGCUCGACAACAUCUGCCGAGCUCACCGGCCAGUUAAUCAAGCUUUCAAAUUCACCUUUCAGCAGGACAAUAAUCUAAUCUACACUGGAGUUCCUCACCAAAAUGACAUUGAAUGUUCCUGAGUGGUCUAGUUAUAGUUUUGACUUAAAUCGGCUUGAAAAUCUACAGCAAGACUUGAAAAUGGCUGUCUAGCAAUGAUCAACAACCAACUUGACAGAACUUGAAGAAUUUUUAAAAGAAUGUCAAAUAUUGUACAAUCCAGGUGUGCAAAGCUCUUAGAGACUUGCCCAGAAAGACUCACAGCUGUAAUUGCUGCCAAAGGUGAUUGAUUCUAACACAACUCAGGGUUGUGAAUACUUACGUAAAUGAGAUUUCUGUAUUUCAUUUUCAAUACAUUAAUGAAACAUGUUUUCACUUUGUUAUUAUGGGGUAUUGUGUGUAGAUGGGUUAGGAAAAAAAUUAAUAUUUCUGCAAUUUUGAAUUCAGGCUGUAACAAAACUAAAUGUGGAAUAAGUCUUUGAAGGCGCUGUAACUUGCUUUCCUGUGAUCUUGGCCCGGGCCAGUAGUUUUCACUUGGUACUGGCCCGGUGUGCCACUGGCAAAUUUACCUGUAAGUCAAGCCCUGUACUGUUUAAAGCCUACUUCAAUAAUAACCUUAAACCAUUCCUAUUCAUGGACGUAGAUACACAAUAAAUAUUUUUCCUGGUGACUGAACUUCCUGCUUUGUGCGUUCCAGGAGUUGGGGCCUCGUCUGGCGGCCAUGCUGAACUUUAACCUCCAGCAGCUGUGCGGGCCCAAGUGCCGGGACCUGAAGGUGGAGAAUCCAGAGAAGUACGGUUUUGAGCCCAAGAAGCUCCUAGACCAGCUUACUGACAUUUACCUGCAACUUGACUGUGCCCGCUUCGCCAAGGCCAUCGCCGACGACCAGGUAAACUGUAGUAGUCGCAUACCUGGGUUUCAAAUACUUUAUUUGUGCUUGUUUGAGCUCGCCUGACUUAAUAAAUCAAUAGAAAAGUCCCAAAACUGCAAACCCCGCCCAUCUGGCAAGUAUGAACCCAUGUCUGAGUAGAAGUAGGCUCCAUUAAAUGUUUGUAUGCAUGCUCUACUGCAGGGUUCUUCAAUUCCGGUCCUGGAGGGCCGAAACACCUCUGUUUUUCAUCCUCUCCUUCUAAUCAGGGGCUAAUUCACACUAGGACACCAGGUGAGUGCAAUUAACUACCAGGUAGAAAUAAAAAACAGAAGUGUUUCGGCCCUCCAGGACCGGAAUUGAAGAACCCUGCUCUACUGUAUGUAUUUUCUAUACUGUAUAACUUUGUUUACUGAUGUAUGACCAGAAAUAUUUAAAAUGUAUGACGAAUACAUUAAUCUCAACUAAUCUAAACCCCUGCUAAAUAAAGAUCUUUAUACAUUAAAAUAACUCCGCAGGAAAGACCUUACUGCAGCCUAACUGAAUAUUGUGUACACAUAGCAGGGAAUCAAGAAGUAAAAGCAGUUCUACAGUCCCAUGAAGCCCUGAUUGGUGAAGUGCUUUAGAGACUGUAGUCCUCCUGGCAGGUUCUCCUAUCUCAGCCAAUUAACUCUGUAGUUCUGUCAGAGUCGUCAUUGGGUUCUUGGUCACCUCCCUGACCAAGGUCCUUCAUGCCCGGUUGCUCAGUUUGGUCGGACGGCCAGCUCUAGGUAGACUCUGGGUUGUUCCAUAUUUUUUUUAAUUUCCCAAUGAUGGAGACCACUGUGCUCUUGGAAACUUCCAACACUCUAGAAAUUGUUUUAGACCCUUCCCCAGAUACAGUACAGUGCCAUCGGAAAGUAUUCAGACCCCCUUCACUUUUUCCACAUUUUGUUACGUUACAACCUUAUUCUAAAAUGGAUUGAAUAAAUAAAAAUCCUCAGUAAUCUACACACAAUACCCCAUAAUGACAAAGCGAAAAGUUUUUGCAAAUGUAUUUAAAAAACAACAACAGAUACCUUAUUUACAUAGGGAUUCAGACCCUUUGCUAUGCGACUCAAAAUUGAGCUCAGGUGCAUCCUGCUCCAUUGAUCAUCCUUGAGAUGUUUCUACAACUUGAUUGGAGUCCAACUGUGGUAAAUUCAAUUGAUUGGACAUGAUUUGGAAAGGCACACACCUGUCUAUAUAAGGACCCACAGUUGACCGUGCAUGUCAGAGCAAAAACCAAGCCAUGAGGUCGAAGGAAUUGUCCGUAGAGCUCUGAGACCGGACUGUGUCGAGGCACAUUUCUUCAGCAUUGAAGGUCCCAGAGAACACAGUGGCCUCCAUCAUUCUUAAAUGGAAAAAGUUUGGAACCACCGAGACUCUUCCUAGAGCUGGCCGCCCAGCCAAACUGAGCAAUCGGGGGAGAAAGGCCUUGGUCAGGGAGGUGACCCAGAACCCUAUGGUCACUCUGACAGAGCUCUUGAGUUCCUCUGUGGAGAUGGGAGAAACUUUCAGAAGGACAACCAUCUCUGCAGCACUCCACCAAUCAGGCCUUUAUGGUAGAGUGGCCAGACAGAAGCCACUCCUCAGUAAAAGGCACAUGACAGCCCGCUUGGAGUAUGCCAAAAGGCACCUAAAGGACAAGAUUAUCUGGUCUGAUAAAACCAAGAUUUAACUCUUUGGCCUGAAUGCCAAGCAUCACGUCUGGAGGAAACCUGGCACCAUCCCUACGGUAAAGUAUGGUGGUGGCAGCAUCAUGCUGUGGGGAUAUAUUUCAGUGGCAGGGACUGGGAGACUAGUCAGGAUCAAGGGAAAGUUGAAUGGCGCAAAGUACAGAGAGAUCCUUGAUGAAAACCUGCUCCAGAGCACCCAGGAUCUCAGACUGGGGCAAAGGUUCACCUUCCAACAGGACAACAACCAUAAGAACACAGCCAAGACAACACAGGAGUGGCUUCUGGACAAGUCUCUGAAUGUCAUUGAGUGGCUCAGCCAGAGUCCGGACUUGAACCCAGUCGAACAUCUCUGGAGAGACCUGAAAAUAGCUGUGCAGCAACAUUCCCCAUCCAACCUGACAGAGCUAGAGAGGAUCUGCAGAGAGGAAUGGGAGAAACUCCCCAAAUUCAGGUGUUCCAAGCUUGUAGCGUCAUACCCAAGAAGACUCAAGGCUGUAAUCACUGCCAAAGGUGCUGCAACAAAGUACUGAGUAAAGGGUCUGAAUAAUAAUGUCAAUGUGAGAUUUCAGUUUAUUUUAUUUUAUACAUUUGCAAAAAUGUCUAAACCUGUUUUUGCUUUGUCAUUAUGGGGUAUUGUGUGUAGAUUGAUGAGGGAAAAAACAAUUUAAUCAAUUUUAGAAUAAGGCUGUAACGUAACAAAAUGUGGAAAAAGUCAAGGUCUACUUUCCGAAUGCACUGUAAAUGCUUCAUCACAAUUCUCUGAGAUCUACGGACAGUUCCUUGGACUUCAUGGUCGUUUCUGCUCUGACAUGCACUGUCAACUGUGGGAGCUUGUAUAGACAGGUGUGUUUCUUUCUAAAUCAUGUCCAGACAAUUGAAUUGGCCACAGGUGGACUCCAAUCAUGUUGUAGUGACAUAUCAAGGAUGAUCAACGGAAAUUGGAUCCACUUGAGCCCAAUUUGUAGUGUCAUAGCAAAGGGGUGUGAAUACUUAUGUAAAUUAGAUUUCUGUAUUUCAUUUUCAAUAAAUUUGCUUACAUUUCUAAAAACAUGUUUUCACUUUGUCUUUAUGGGUUAUUGUGUGUGUGUGUGUGUGUGUGUGUGUGUGUAUGGGUAAACAAAUAUAUAUGUAAUACAUUUUGAAUUCAGGCUGUAACACAACAUAAUGUGGAAUAAGUCAAGGGGUAUGAAUACUCUCUAAAGGCACUGUACAGCAUUUUAGAUUUGAGAUAUUCAUAUUAGGCGACAGUACAGAAUAUCAUAUUUUAUUUGAGGGUAUUUUCAUAUACAUCUGUUUUUACCCUUUAGAAAUUAAAGCACUUUGCCUUCAGAAAGUAUUCAUACUCCUUGACUUAUUCCACAUUUUGUUAUGUUAGUCUGAAUUUAAAAUGGAUUAAAUUGAGAUGUUUUGUCACUUGCCUAAACACAAUACCCUAUAAUGUCAAAGUGGAAUUAUAUUUUUAGAAAUGUUUACAAAUUAAAAUAAAAAUGAACAGCUGAAAUGUCUUGAGCCAAUAUGUACAGUAUUCAACCCCUUUGUUAUGGCUAGCAUAAAUAAGUUCAGGAGUAAAAAUGUGCUUAACAAGUCAGUUGCAUGGACUCACUCUGUGUGCAAUAAUAGUGUUUAACAAGAUUUUUUAAUGACUACCUCAUCUCUGUACCCCACACAUACAAGUUUCUGUAAGGUCCCUCAGUCGAGCAGGGAAUUUCAAACACAGAUUCAACCACAAAGACCAGGGAGGUUUACCAAUGCCUCGCAAAGAAGGGCACCUAUUGGUAGAUGGGUAAAAAAAUGUAAAAACCAGACAUUGAAUAUCCCUUUGAGCAUGGUGAAGUUAUUAAUUACACUUUGGAUGGUGUAUCCAUACACCCAGUCACUACAAACAUACAGGCGUCCUUCCUAACUCCGUUGCCGAAGAGGAAGGAAACCGCUCAGGGAUUUCACCGUGAGGCCAAUGGUGAUUUUAAAACAGUUAAAGAGUUUAAUGGCUGUGAUAGAAGAAAAUUGAGGAUGGAUCAACAUCAUUGUAGUUACUCCACAAUACUAACCUAAUUGACAGAUUGAAAAGAAAGAAGCCUGUACAGAAUAAAAAACAUUCCAAAACAUGCGACUUGGCGCUAAAGUAAUACUGCAAAAAAAUGUGGCAAUGCAAUUUACUUUUUGUCCUGAAUACAAAGUGUUAUGUUUGGGGUAAAUCCAAUACAACACAUUACUGAGUACCACUCUCCAUAUUUUCAUGCAUAGUGGUGGAUGCAUCAUGUUAUGGGUAUGCUUGUAAUCGUUAAGGACUGGGGAGUUUUUCAGGUUGAAAAGAAAUGGAAUGAAGCAAAAUCCUAGAGGAAAACCUGGUUCAGUCUGCUUUCCACCAGACACUGGAAGAUUAAUUCACCUUUCAGCAGGACAAUAACCUAAAACACAAGGCUAAAUCUAUACUGGAGUUGCUUACCAAGAUGACAGUGAAUGUUCCUGAGUGUCCGAGUUACAGUUUUGACUUAAAUCUACUUGAAAAUCUGUCAAAACCUGAAAAUGGUUGUCUAGCAAUGAUCAACAACUGAUUUGAAAGAGCUUGAAUAAUUUUUGUAAGAAUAAUGGGCAAAUAUUGCACAAUCCAGGUGUGGAAAGCUCUUAGAGACUUACCUAGAAAGCUAUAAUCGCUGCCAAAGGUGCUUCUACAAAGUAUUGACUCAGGGGUGUGAAUACUUAUGUAAAUGAGAUAUUUGUGUAUUUAAUUAUCAAUACAUUUGCAAACAUUUCUAAAAACAUGUUUUCACUUUGUCAUUAUGGGGUUAUUGUGUGUAGAUGGGUGAGAAAAUAUAUUUAAUCCAUUUUGAAUUUGGGCUGUAACACAACAAAAUGUGGAAUAAGUCAAGGGUUAUGAAUACUUUCCAAAGGCACUGUAUAUAGUCCCCCAAGGGUCGUUGCACCUCAAAAAACACAGAGGAUUUCGACACCCAUCUCAGAUUGUUCUGAAAUAGUUUCUGUAGUUAGAAAGAGAUAAGAUUAACAUUCCUGAAACAUUAUUUUGUUUAAAUGUAAUUUGAUCUGAGAAAUUAAGCUAAUUGAUUGCACCCAAAUUAGCCCUUUUUUAAUUUAUAGGAUUCAUAUAAUGUUCAAUAAAUAUAGUACCUAACAUCCGAUUUGGACCAUAAUUCUUCCUAACAAUGAGUAAGAUAUGAGGAAUCCAAUAAAAUGAUCAAAGGCCUCCCACGGAUACCCCAACCCAACAACCAGUAUACUGUAACCGUUCUCUGUCUGACAAGUAGUAUGGAGGCUUGGAGUAUUGCUUCUUCAUCCUAUGAAAUGUAUUCCCUCUGCGUCUGGUGACAUUUCUUCCCCCCUGUUCAGAGAAAUUUGCCAUUGAAGUUGAUUGCAUUAUUUACCAUAAAUGAAUGUUAAGUACCAGGUUUUGCCCACUAAAUGCCUCUGUUCCAGCUACUGCCACACCCUUUUAACCAUUUUGUUGGUCUCUCGUGUUUAAAAUGGAUCACAACAUUUUCUUUUAAACUUUGUCUCCAGGAAACGGCCCAUCUGUGUGUGGUUUAUUCCUUUCAAAAAAGUUCUGGAUUAGUUAGACCAUUCCUGGCGAAAAAGCAAGCCAUUAGGCUACAGUAGUUCUAAUGGUUUCAAUAUUAUGGUCUUUAAUAAUGGUAAAAGUCCCAAACACACACACAGUAUAGUGUUUUGUAAUGGUAUUGGGUUUAAUGGUAAAUGUCACUAAUCACACUACAUAUAGAUAUGUUUUCGAAUAGUUUUAUUGAUAAACAUUACUGCCAUGCCAUUGCAAUAUAUAAUUAGGGAUGAAAAUGUCGGUCAAUUUGCUGCCGACUAACCGACCCUCAAACAUUUUUAAAAAAUGCAUCCAAACUGUAAAAUGAUGUGACGAACAGAAAAUGGCUUACUAUCCAUGCAUACAAGGAACUUACAUUUUUAAUUAAGAGCUUAAUGGAAACAUGCAACAAUAGCAAGCCUAUCAUCUUACAGUCAAAAUGAUAUAGCCUAUUAUUGAACAUGCAAGUCCUGUAAUGAAGCAGCUAAUAAAAUGUAAAUUUCAAACAUUUACCAAAAGGCAAUUCGCGGGAAAACACAGUUCUAAACAGACCACAGCGCGUGGUUCCAUAUAUGAGAGAUGAAAAUCUCCAUUAGAACUUAGAAAGAUGGGGAAUCUAAUAGCAACAACUAGGAUGGGUUGCUAAUAUGACUAGGAUUGUGCCCUUGUCUUCUGGACAACUAAAGAAAGUUGAUAUGAAAACCAAUAGAAACAGUAGAAAAAUGGUUAAUGGCAUGAGGAAGUCUAUAGAAAAAUUGCCUCCGCGUUUCUAUGGUUAGAUUUUCGCUAGGCUACUUUGAAGCAAAGUAAGACAUGAGUCAUUAUUUGAAGUAAAGUAAAACGUUCAGGUAUCAAACAAUUAUACUGCCUCAAGCUCACGUUGCAAAGUGGUGGGUGAUGUGCUGUUAGCCUGCCUACCGUUGACUAUAGCCUAUGCACUCGAGAGGCAUGCUUGAAUUACGAGUUGAGAUUGAGAACCAAUAAUACUAGCUAUUUUUAAAUCGUGGCCUUCCCCCAACAAUGUUUGACAUUAGUUUGCAUUUAGAAUGGUUAUUUGUUGCGCAAUGACUGGGUUUAUAAAAGCACGUUUUACUCCAGUACCAGCUUUUUGAGGAGGUGCUCUCACGCGGUCUGACAGUUGAUAGGUUAUUUCGCUCCUCAAACUAGACUCUGUAUGCUGUGCGAAAAUACACACGUGCCAAUUUAAUUCCACUAAAUUAUUCAAAUGAACCUAUAGACCAAUAAGCAUGACCGGUCAAAUAUUUGAUGGCUAACCUUUUAACGGUUAACCGUUAACAUCCCUAUAUAUAAUUGUAUUAUUUUAUUAGCGGUUGGCACAACAUUUUAUUCACUAGCCCAUUUCUCCAUCAAUGUUUUCGGCUUGUAUGAUAAUUGCACUAUAGGGAUAGUUUUCUCAGAAAGCUGCCAUUUGUUGGACUAGGUUGCAUUAGGUUGCUAAAGCCGGAUGUACAAUACACAAAAUUAAAAAUCCUUAAAUCGCUGAGCCUCUCACAUUAAAGACCAUCUUUUCUGUAGUUUUUUUUUGUCUUGCCAACGUAGUGUUGCUCACACUAGAUGAUGUAGCACAGACAGGGGUCACACACUACAAGAUUCUUCACUUGGUCGUGAGGAUUCUUGAUACCACGCUGUCUCGCAAAAACAAUGAUGUGAUAAAAUUUUACGUAGCUACAACGAGCUGUGGCUCAAAGCUGCCUCAUAAACGUUUUCAGUAAGACAUUCACACUUGCCGUACAGAGUUGAAAUAUCUAGCCAGCAUUUUUAAUUGAAUAACAUUACUUGUGAACGUCAGAGCUGUAAGGACUUGAGACUUUGGCAAGUACAAACGCAUACUAGUAGUAGGCCUAGUCAUCGCUCCUGCUUGAGAGUCUACACAUUCUGGGUGACGCGAAACAACUUAAUCUCACUGGCUUCUUCUCUGGUGAGCUCUCAUUGGUUACUGCUGAUCACCAUUCUCAAAACUUGUUGUUGCACACUACAAGAGCAUUGCAGAUUUUGUGCCGAUAAAAUCAAAUGUUUGAAAAUAUUGGGAAAGUCUGGGACUGCUCAAAGAUGAGAUCAGUAGCCCUCAGUUUGCGUCUCUGACCCACUCACAUUAAACGAGCGUCUGUGAAGGCCGCGCGCCCCUAGUAGGCAAAGACAGGGAUUUUGUCUCCCAUCUCAAAAACUUGUCUGGCACUGCUAAAUUGCCAAAAUUGUGUAAUGUACACCCGGCUUAGGAGACGGACAAACUGAAUUGCUUUCAUAGAGGACUGGCUUGACUUGUGAGGAUGACCACAAAAUGUAUUUUCAUCAUGAGAAAAAGCUAUUGGUUUUCGACCCAAAGUUGCAAAGAACAUGUUGUGAUCCAUUUAAUAAACACUAGACCAGCAAAAUUGAUAAAAGUGUAUGGCAGUAGCAGGAACAUCGGCAUCUUGUUAGUAGGCAAAACCUGGUACUUAACACUAAUUUAUGGUAAAUAAUGCAAGCAACUUCAAUGGCUAUUUCCUCUGAACAGGCGGAAAAAAACAUCACCAGAUACACAAGGGAAUACAUUACAUAGGAUGAAGAAGCAAUACUUAAAGACGCAGCUCCAUACUACUUGUCAGACAUGGAGAACUGAUACUGUAUACCGGUUAUUGGGGUGUGAUUGGUGUGGGGGUCCGUGGGUGGCUUUUGACCAUUUUAUUGUAUUCCACGGCUUACUCAAUGGUAGGAUGUUGGGUACUAUAUUUAUUGAAUAUUAUGUGAAUCCCACAAAUUAAAAAGGGCCAAUUUGGGUGCAAUCAAUUAUCUUAUUUUCUCAUAGAUUUCAUUUCAACAAAAUAGUGUUACAGGAAAGCUAAUGUUAUCUGUUCGGAAAUCGUUUCUGUUGUUAGAAACAAUCAGAGAUGUUCAUAAAUUAGUUUUAAAGUACCAGUACCAUGGCUUUCUGAAAUUACAUGGAACCACUCUUCAUUUGUAUUUGGACAAAUUCACUUAUAUUGUAUUAAAGUAGUCAAAAGUUUAGUAUUUGGUCUCAUAUACCUUGCAUGCAAUGACUACAUCAAGCUUGUGACUACAAACUUGUUGGAUACAUUUACGGUUUGUUUUGGUUGUGUUUUGCCCAAUAGGAACUGAAUGGUGAGUAAUGUAUUGUGCCAUUUUGGAUUCACUUUUAUUGUAAGAAGGAAUAGAAUAUAUUUCUGAACACAUUGUGGAUAAUGAUGAGUGAGAAAGUUAGAGGCACAAAGAUCAUACCCCCCAAAAAAUGUAACUUCUCCCCUGUUAUUGCUAAUAGUGAGAGGUUAGUGUGUUUUGUUGUAGCCUCUGAACGGCAUCUCACUCAUUAUUCAUGAUUUUUCUUAAUCAUGGUGUUAUCAGGAUUAAUUUGAAGAGUUCAGAAAUAUCUUAUCUACUCAAUUACUCACCGUUCAGUUACUAUUGGGCAAAACAUAACCCAAAAUAAACUGCAAAUGCAUCCGAGUUUGUAGUCACAACAAGGAAUAUGGGACCAAAUACUAAUCUUUUGACUACUUUAAUACAGUAAGUGAAUUUGUCCAAAUACUUAUGACUUAUUCACCUGGGGGGGGAACUAGAUACACAAAGUGCUUUCAUUUCUAAAUGGUAAAACAGAUAUGUAUGAAAAUACCCUGAAAUAAAAGGUGACAUUCUGUACUGUCGCCUUGAAUAAAACAUUUGAUCUCAAAUCCAAAAUGCGGGGAGGGAUCUACUGUUGCAGAACGUUUUGCUAUGGUGUGCAGUAAUGAAUACUCCUAAGGCUUACAUGGUGUUCUUUCUCUCCCCUUUCCAGCGGUCAUACAGCCGAGAGCUCUUUGAGGAAGUGAUUUCCAAGAUGAAGAAAGCCGGCAUCAAGUCCACCAUCGCCAUUGAAAAAUUCAAGCUGCUAUCGGAGAAGGUGGAGGAGAUAGUCGCCAGGAACUCUCAGUCCGAAAUGGACUACAGUGACGCACCUGAUGAGUUUAAAGGCAAGUGUUCAACCUUUCCAGUGUUCAAACUCGAAAGUGUUUAAAAUCACUUUCUAGUGUUCAAACUGGCAAGUUUUGGAACUUCAAAAAUAUAUUUUUAUUUUGAGUUACUAAUUGCCCUUGACCGCAGUGGCAUGUUCAUUUGGAUGCAACGUCGCAGUAAGAUUUGGCACAGUCCUCUAUUCCACAUUAGGCCUACUACAGCACCGUGUCUGUUCUGUACAUUACGUAUCUAUCUGCAAUGUUCUGAACGUCCGUAGGAUUUUUUCAUAAUGAGUAAGACCAGGACUUGGGUCAAAAGAGCUGACUUCAAUCAGUUCGAUUGGGACGUAAAAGGAAGACCCUCUAUCGUGGUAAAAUUCCAGACAUUUUGUGAGUAAUGAGGGUCACACAGACAGCGUCCUUUAGUUGCCUUUUGGCAAACACCAAGCAGGCUGUCAUGUGCCUUUUACUGAGGAGUGGCUUCCACCUGGCCACUCUACCAUAAAGGCCUGAUUGGUGGAGUGCUGCAGAGAUGGUUGUCCUUCUGGAAGGUUCUCCCAUCUCCACAGAGGAACUCUGGAGCUCUGUCAGAGUGACCAUCGGGUUCUUGGUCACAUCCCUGACCACGGCCCUUCUUCCCGAUUGCUCAGUUUGGCUGGGCGGCCAGCUCUAGGAAGAGUCUUGAUUGUUCCAAACUUCUUCCAUUUAAGAAUGAUGGAGGCCACUGUGUUUACAUUUACAUUUUAGUCAUUUAGCAGACGCUCUUAUCCAGAGCGACUUACAGUUAGUGAGUGCAUACAUUAUUAUUUAUACUGGCCCCCUGUAGGAAAUGAACCCACAACCCUGGUGUUGCAAAUGCCAUGCUCUACCAACUGAGCUACAUCCCUGCCGACCAUUCCCUCCCCUACCCUGGACGCGCAGGGCCAAUUAUGCGCCGCCCUAUGGGUCUACGACAGAGCCUGGAUACAAACCAGGAUCUCUAGUGGCACAGCUAGCACUGCGAUGCAGUGCCUUAGACCACUGCGCCACUCGGGAGGUGUUCUUGGGGACCUUCAAUGCUGCAGACAUUUUUUGGUACCCUUCCCCAGAUCUGUGCCUCGACACAAUCCUGUCUCGGAGCUCUACAGACAAUUCCUUCAUGGCUUGGUUUUUGCUCUGACAAGCACGGUCAACUGUGGGACCUUAUAUAGACAGGUGUGUGCCUUUCCAAAUCAUGUCCAAUCAAUUGAAUUUACCACAGGUGGACUCCAAUGAAGUUGUAGAAACGUCUCAAGGAUGAUCAAUGGAAACAGGAUGCACCUGAGCUCAAUUUUGAGUCUCAUAGCAAGGGGUCUGAAUACUUAUGUAAAUAAGGUAUUUCUGUUGUAUUUUUUAUGCAUUUUCAGAAUGUCUAAAUGGGGUAUUGUGUGUAGAUUGAUGAAGGAAAACAAUUAUUUAAUCAAUUUUAAAAUAAGGCUGUAACAUAAAAAAAAGGGAAGUGGUCUGAAUACUGUCCGAAUGCACUGUAUAUGCUAUGUGUAAUGUGAAUAACAUUUACCAUUAGACCAUACAUCGAAUAAUAAUUCAAGGAAUAUUACUCAGAAAUAUACUGUUUGUAUCCAUUUCAAAGUAAUCAGAUGUAUUACAGUUAUGUAAUAAGAAUACUAUUAUCAAAUGGUACGUACCAGAAGUAUUCAAUGUCAAAAGAUACAAAAUAUCUCAAAGUAUAAAAUACACUAUUGUGUAACGGAACACUACACCAGGAGAGUGGUUUACAAUGGCUCCAUGUGCAAAGUUUCCACCCAUCUUUUAUUCUUCCCAGAGCGCCAAAUCUCAGUAUCUCCCAUCGUCUAAUUCUAAUCACUUUGUUUGGCCAAAACAAUAAACAAAAGGCAUAAAAGCACCACACGCAUUCUUCAACCUCAAUUAUCUAAAUGAUAGGACAUCUGUGUCGCUCCCUCUUUGAACUGACCGCCGUCCGACAAACAGAUUAAGACAGUAACUCGGUAAAAAUACAUCUAUAGCACUUACAAUAUAAGAAAACCUGUCAAAAUUCACAGCUGGUUAUGAACUCUUGAAACAAUCCAAACACGACAAUUUAAUUCACACAGUAACAUUAAUUUAGUCUAUUCAAGUUUUCAUCUGUCUUCACACCACCGUCGGUGUCCGUGCUCCCAGGGAACGUCCCGCCACGGAUAAGGUGUGUUUGACUUUUGUGAUAGCGAACAUAUGGUCAGCCAUCCAGACAAUGCCAUAAAUCGCGAUUGAGUCCUCACAUGUAACAUAAAACGUGUAACAUAUAAAACCCUCUACCACAGUACAGCCACCUCUCGACAUUUCAAUAAAGGACACAACUUUUAAUUUAAAGAUAAUUAAUUACAUUAUCUUAAUCAAGAUUUCUUUGCAUACGUUUCUGAAGUCUGUGCUUUGAUUUGAGCAUAGACACAUGCAUGCAAAAAUAAUUGCAGAGAACUUAAUAACAAUGUCUGAAGAGAGGAAAGUAUAUUUAGAUUUUAUGAAUUUCAUUUUAAUUGAAGAUAAAAUGUAAUUUUAUCUUUGUUUGUCUGUGUAUGUGUGUGUCCACAGACCCUCUGAUGGACACCCUAAUGACUGACCCUGUGAUACUGCCCUCUGGGAACAUCAUGGACCGAGCCAUCAUCCUCCGCCACCUUCUCAACUCCUCCACUGACCCCUUUAACAGACAGCCUCUCAACGAAAGCAUGCUGGAGUCACGUAUGUACACACACACACACACAGCAUGGUCUUCCAGUCAACAGUUGGUCACAUAAAGAAAAAAGGGGACCAGCACUCGAUAACUGCAAUUUAAGUCUUUGUUUAUUUUCCAUUUUCUUUUAGGCAACAUGUCCUACUAGCAUACCUUAUUAACUGUUAAGGUCCCCAGGGGGUUGUGGUCACGUUUUGCUGUGUCAUUGUGUCUUUAUUCACAGUCCCUGAACUGAAGGGGAGGAUCCAGGCAUGGAUGAGAGAGAAGCAAGGCCAGGGACGUUUCCUC